AUGGUUGAGCAGGUAACCGAAUCUGAUGGAGCCAACCGUGAGGAAGAAGAGCGAAAACGUGCUUUAGCCGCUUACAGAAGGAAGCUGGCUGAGUACCGUGAAGUCGAACAGCGGCUUAAAGAACUUCGAAAAAAGGAAAAGGAAAUGGAGAAGGAACAUGAUAAAUCAGAGAAUGAUAUCAAGUCACUGCAGUCUGUUGGACAAAUAGUUGGUGAGGUGCUGAAACAGCUCACAGAAGAAAAGUUUAUAGUUAAAGCGACAAAUGGACCGCGCUAUGUGGUAGGGUGUCGUCGGUCUAUCAAUAAAGAUGCUCUCAAGCAGGGCACUCGUGUCGCCCUGGACAUGACUACUCUGACCAUAAUGCGCCAGCUUCCCAGAGAAGUUGACCCUUUAGUUUACAAAAUGAGCCAUGAAGAUCCUGGAAAUAUUUCUUAUUCGGAGGUUGGUGGGUUGAGCGAACAGAUUCGGGAAUUAAGAGAGGUUGUUGAACUCCCACUAAUCAACCCUGAUUUGUUUCGUCGUGUUGGCAUAACGCCUCCAAAAGGAUGUCUUUUAUACGGACCGCCCGGAACAGGCAAGACCCUUCUAGCGAGAGCAGUGGCUUCACAACUGGACUGUAAUUUCCUGAAGGUCGUUUCUUCUGCUAUUGUCGACAAAUAUAUAGGAGAAUCUGCACGAAUGAUCCGGGAGAUGUUUAAUUAUGCCCGCGACCACCAGCCUUGUAUAGUUUUUAUGGACGAAAUUGAUGCUAUUGGUGGCCGUCGGUUUUCCGAAGGGACCUCAGCUGAUCGAGAAAUUCAGCGUACGCUUAUGGAACUUCUAAAUCAAAUGGAUGGCUUUGAUUCCCUGGGUAAAGUCAAAAUCAUCAUGGCCACUAAUCGCCCUGAUACAUUAGAUCCUGCGUUAUUAAGGCCAGGUCGACUUGAUAGGAAAAUAGAAAUCCCCUUGCCUAACGAACAGAGCCGUUUGGAAAUUUUAAAAAUUCAUGCUAGUGGUAUAACCAAACUGGGCGAAAUAGAUUACGAAGCGGUAGUGAAACUCUCUGAUGGUUUUUCGGGGGCAGAUUUGAGGAACGUUUGUACUGAAGCAGGGCUUUAUGCAAUUCGAGCAGAAAGGGAGUACGUUAUCGAUGAAGAUUUUAUGAAGGCAGUCCGGAAAGUUGGUGAUUCUAAGAAGCUUGAAACCAGACUGGAUUAUAAACCAGUGUAG